GAGCGCUGCUUCCAUUUUUUAUUUUUUUUUGUCAGUCGUUUUGGUACACAGAAAAACUUCAAGGUUGUAGCGUUAAACAUUACUCUGAGGCCCCGUGUGGCUGGUCCAUGUUAGUGUGACACCACUACAGAAGCUACAGAAACAGUGCAGUGACACUAGAGCAGGCCCCAGUAAAGUGCAGGCUAGAGGGGAAUGACUGUUCAGAUAUCUGACAGCUGAAAUGGCGUACUCACAGAUCCGCUUGAAAAUUCUUCCCAGUAUUCGCUGCCUCUUUGACAAAAUGGUGCGAGUCAAAGUAGAGGGACUCACUCCUCACAAACCAGUGGAGCUGAGGUCCAAACUGGUUGAUGACAAAGGUGUCACUUUCAAAGCCUCUGCCCUGUACAAAGCAGAUGAAACUGGUCAAGUGGAUGUCUGCAGCACACCCUCUCUUGGUGGCAGUUACACCGGUGUGGAGUCCAUGGGUUUGUUUUGGAACCUGGCACCAGAUGCUCCACACAGUAAACUCCUGAAGAAGGAUGUGCUCAGCCCAAUACGUGUGGACCUAGAGGCUCUUAAUGGUGAGACUGGUGAGCUUCUAGCAUCUGAAUCCAAUGAGAGAGGAUACAUGACUGAGGGGAUGAAGAGAAUACCUUUACAAGAGGGCAGAAUACGAGGUGUCCUCUUCAUACCACCAGGAAAUGGCCCAUUCCCAGGAAUUGUAGAUUUGUACACUUUCGGUGGAGGUCUUACCGAACCCAGAGCCAGCCUCUUGGCAAGUAAAGGUUUUGUUGUUCUGGCACUGGCUUAUUAUCGUUACCAGGAUCUACCAAAAAACCCUAAAAACUUGGAUCUGGAAUACUUCGAGGAGGCGGUCACAUAUUUGAGGAAGCGGCCAGAGGUGAAAGGUCCUGGGAUUGGCAUCAUAUCAAUCUCUCAUAGUGGCGGUUUGGCUCUGAGCAUGGCAUCUUUUCUCUCUGGGAUCUCAGCGACUGUCUGUAUUAAUGCCUGUAAUGCAAACACUGUGCUGCCUUUACACUACAAAGACAUUGUAGUUCCUCCACUCCCCCCUGUCAUGAAGAAUGUGAAAACCACAGACUCUGGGCUUUUAGAUAUACGUGACGCCUUACCAGACCCUACCAUGAAAGAGCACAGGGCGUCUUUGAUUCCAAUUGAACGGGCCACCUGCCAUUUCCUGUUUGCUGCUUCCGAAGAUGACCGCAACUGGAACAGCACACUUUUUGCCAGUCGGGCUGCUGAAACAUUGAAAAAUCAUGGCAAAAAAUCCUUUGAGGUGGUAACUUAUCCAAAAGCUGGACAUUUUUUGGAGGUCCCUUACAUGCCUUAUUGUCCGUCUGGGUUUCAUGCAGCUGUAGGGAGUGUUGUGGUGUUUGGUGGCCAGCCAAAAGCUCACUCUGAGGCUCAGCUGGACCUGUGGGAAAGAGUCCAGGAGUUCUUCAAGAGCCACUUGGACAACAAGAGCACUUGAUAGCAGGAAAUACUGUAUCAAGUCAAUCAAGUAUCUCUGAAUGGUUGUUCUUAGCGAUGCUUACCAGUGCCUGCAGUUUCUAAUUAAUACAAUUAUAAGAGGAAUAUUAACUUAGGACCUUUGGAAACCUUCCAGUGUUCUGCAUUGGAACCCCCCCCCCGAGGCUCGUGGCACAAAGUUCUCCUGAGAAUCAGAGAUUUUGACUUGUCAUAGGAAAAUGUAAAUGGACUGCACAUAAAGCUGCUGUUGACCACUCAGAGAGGUUCACACUUCAAAGUGUAGUGGGAAUGGGGUGUGGGGUUCAGUAUCUUGCUCACUUCAUGAUGCGAACUGAACCAAAUUACCAACUGUAUGAGUAGUGAUCUUUUUCAUAAGCACAGCCACCAGCUCACACUUGAUUGUUUUAAGUAUUCCACAAAAGCACUUGCACUUUUCCUGAAAUGACAAAAUAUCUGUCUACAAAGUGUCUCACAAUUACCUCUUCUCCACUGACACAGGUACAGAGACAGUUCUGCUUUAUUGCCUUUUCUGAACUAGAUUUCAUUUCCACAUGGGUUGGAAAAUGCAGAUUAUUUAGUGUUGCAAAGCGAAAGUUGGGAUAAAUAUGUCUGAAGGAAGUUAUUGUGCCAGUAACGUUGCCUGAACUUAAAUAAACCUAAAAUUAAUGUGUUUUUUUGCUUGCUGUUGUAAAGUGACUUGAAAAAUUCUGUAUUUUAAGAAAGCUG